AUUGGAGCAGUCAGCAGAUGGCCCGACCGGCCUGACGGACAGACAACAGUCCGCUCGGACUAAAAGUCACACGGAAGAUCUCCGCGGGACUUCCGCGGGAGCAGAAAAGACGAAAGAAAGACGACAGACUAGCUAAAAAGAAAAAGAAAAAAAUAUAGAUUUUUCCGACUUGGAGUUUUGUUGGUUGAGUCACGAUGAAAAGCGCAGACCUGUUCCUGUUGGUGUGUUGCAUAUGCAGCCUGAGUUCACUGGGAGGCGCAGGGGAUGUCGAGCAGGCGCUAACGAAGCAGGUCUUCACCAACUAUAACCUCAAGGUCCGGCCCGCGCGCACCCCCACGGAGCGAGUGGUGGUCCGAGUGGGCAUGACUCUCUCGUCAUUUGUUGGAAUGAACAUGAAAAAUGAAGAAAUGAGCACCGUCGUCGUCAUGAAUUUGGAGUGGGCAGAUUACAACUUGUCAUGGGAUCCCAAAGAGCACGAUGGGAUUGAGGUGUUGCGGAUUCCCGCUUCAAAAGUGUGGCUGCCGGACAUUUAUCUGAUUAACAACAACGACGGCGUGUUUGAUGUGGCGCUGCAUGUUCACGUCCAAGUGUACAGCAACGGCAGGGUGACCUGGACCCCACCUGCACUCUACCUGAGCUCCUGCGGCGUUCGGGUGACGUAUUUCCCCUUCGACUGGCAGAACUGCAGCAUGCAGUUCCGCUCCUACACGUACGACUCCACCGAGAUCGAGCUGCAGUACGCCCUGGAUGCCAACGGCAACGAGAUACGGGAGAUCCAACUGGACGAGGCCUUCAGCGAGAGCGGCGAGUGGCACAUCAGACACAAGGCGUGCAGGAAGAACAUGAACAAGGACCUGUACGAGGACAUGAGCUUCUACCUGAUCAUCGAGAGGAAGCCGCUCUACUACGUGCUGAACAUCAUCAUCCCUUGCAUCCUCAUCACCAUCAUCGCCAUCUUUAAUUUCUACCUGCCGCCCGAUGCGGGUGAAAAGAUGGGACUUUCCAUCAACGUUUUGCUCACCCUCACCGUCUUCCUGCUGCUGUUGGCGGACAAAAUUCCCGAGACCUCGCUGGGCGUUCCCAUCAUCGUCAAGUACAUCAUGUUCACCAUGAUCCUGGUCACCUGCUCCGUCGUCCUCAGCGUGGUCGUGCUCAACUUGCACCACCGUUCGCCCAACACUCACAUGAUGCCCCUGUGGGUCCGCAGGAUCUUCAUCCACAUGCUGCCCCCGUACCUCUGCAUGCUGCGCCCCAAAGUGGAAGUGCCCUUGGCCCUCAAAAUACUGCCUGCCCAGCGGGAGAAGAAAGUGUUUGCCAUCAGCAAGGCGGCCGACGAGUACUUCAUCCGCAAGCCGGACUCCUCCAUUUUGUUCCCGAAACCCAACAGGUUCCAAGCUGAGGGCAAACCAUCCGACCUAAGGAAAUUCAUCGACGGGCCCAGUAGCUACCUCUCACUGCCACCCGAACUCAAGUCCGCCGUUGAGGCCAUCACGUACAUCGCCGAGGCGCUGCAGGCCGAGAAGGACUACGAAGCGCUGAAGGAGGACUGGCAGUACGUGGCCAUGGUGGUGGACCGCAUGUUUCUCUGGAUAUUUGUCAUCUUCACCACCGUGGGCACCUUGGCGAUUUUUAUUAAGGCCAGCCUCAAUCGCGCGCCCACCGACCCUUUCUAACACGCCGUUGGAAAGAAAAAGUAAAUCAACUUCGGCCUUUGUUUUUUUGGGGUUUUUUUCUACUGACUUGCGUGAACGUGUGAAAGUUGAGGUGGGUCGGCCAAAUGUUGCACACGUUUGAUUUUACGCGCAUAUGAAUAAACAUCGUGACUCUUCGCAGAGGAGCAGCCCGGCUUGAGAACGCCAACACACCAAAGCCCGAGCCCAGAUUCCAAGUGGGAACCUCAGAACUGUGAGGCAGACGUGCGAAUCCGCUAGUUUGAUUCUGUGCUAAAAAUAUUCAUACGUGUUCAUCCGCGCCGGAGCGUGGAUCCGGCAUGGCAUAAAUAUUCCGACGCGGUGUCAACAAAUAAACACAUGAGGCAGAGCAGAUGCCAUAAUGA